GCUCGCGCGCUCAUCCAUCCUACACUCUACACACGAAUUUUGCGCGCUCAGAAGUGUUUUCACCGGACAUCUUGGCACAAGUGGCGUGUUGUCUUCUGUCCUCCAGCAUGACUUCUCGCUCUUGAUAUUGAGGACCGGCUGGAAUUUAUGCUAACGAGAUAUUAUUUAUGAAACCAGCAAGAAAUGAACAUGAACCUCGUGAACUGUUUGGUUCUUCUCUUAGUUUGGCACGCGCACUCGGUCAGCGGGAGACAUGCAAACUGUCACUUUCUGUAUGAGCUGCAGAUGGCCGAGAAGGAAUGUUUGGGCGUUCUGGCAGAUGAGUUUUCUCCGCACACCAAAGGUUGCAGAGGGAUGUGGGACAAUAUUUCUUGCUGGCACCAUGCCGAAAUUGGAGAGGUGGUCGUCAAUACCUGCCCCGCUGCCCUAAAAAAUUUGUUCACCAGAGAUGGGACCAUUAAUAGGAACUGCACUACGGAAGGCUGGUCCGACGUGUAUCCCAGCAUCCACAACGUUUGCUUUGAGCCCACCCCGAAUGCAACCAAGCUUGUUUUCUACACAGUGAUGAAGACCCUUUACACGCUCGGACACAGCCUCUCUCUCAUCGCACUUAUCACCGGCAGCACCAUCCUCUGUCUGUUCAGAAAACUGCACUGCACCAGGAACUACAUCCAUCUGAACCUGUUCUUCUCGUUCAUACUGAGGGCCAUCGCUGUGCUGGUCAAAGAUGCCAUUCUGUUUUCCCACGAGAACGUAGAAUGUACAAAGCAGCCAUCACUGAUUGGUUGCAAGGCCAGCCUGGUCAUCUUCAACUACUUCAUCAUGGCAAACUUCUACUGGUUGCUGGUGGAAGGUCUGUACCUACAUACCCUACUGAUGGUCAUCUUCUCCGAGAACAGACACUUCAUCAUCUAUCUCCUCAUUGGAUGGGGAUUCCCCACCGUGUUUGUGAUUCCAUGGAUUGUAUGUAGGAUUUACCUCGAGGACACAGGAUGCUGGGAGAGAAAUGAUGCUCCCAUUCCCUGGCGGGUGAUCAACUGGCCAAUCAUGGCAUCUGUGAUUAUAAACUUUAUUCUGUUCAUCAGCAUCAUUCGAAUCCUGGUCCAGAAACUGAGGUGUCCUGAUGUUGGUGGAAACGAUCAGUCUCAGUAUAGGAGGUUGGCAAAGUCCACGCUUCUCUUGAUCCCUCUCUUUGGUGUCAACUAUGUUGUUUUCGUUUACAUCAUAGAAGAAAAUGGAGAGAUGGAAAACUACAAAAUAUUCUUUGACCUUGGUCUGGGAUCCUUUCAGGGCUUGGUGGUUGCGAUUUUGUAUUGUUUUUUGAAUAGCGAGGUCCAAAGCGAACUCAAAAGAAAGUGGCGGAGUUUGCGUUUAAAGCGUUACAUCGGUCGCGACUACCGUCUGCACAGUUCAUCCAUAUCCAGGAACGGCACAGAAAACAUGGCCCAAUUCCAUCGGAACUCCAGAGCCCAGUCUUUCCUACAGACCGAGACCACUGUGCUUUACGCUGAAGAGGACGAGGCUUUCUGAAGCAUGAGAUUGACAUGUUGGAGACACGAUGAGGAUUCAGCAUCUCUAUCUCGCUGUGUUGUCGGUACAAUGCAAAAUCUCGCUUGCCCACCAAAAUAACGUUAAACCAAACCUGUGAGUGAGAGUACUGGUGGCAUUAAAAACUAUAAUUCAGAUCACAAUAUAUAUUGCUUUUUUGUAAACAGUUUCAUAGCAUUAGGGUCAGAUUAUAUAAUAGUGUUAUGUAAAUGCUACUUAAGACCCACAGCAAUUUUCUUAGAUGCUCAUGGAGACGCAGCGCCAUGCUAUCAACACAAAACACAGCCGCCACCCAAGAACAUGUCUUGGGUGGAUUCAAGAAGUGGGUCACCUCUAUACCAAACUCAAAUGUGAGGUUUUUAUAAAGAGGACAUUACUCCUGGAGGCGUCCAGAUUAGCCUGGGACUUAUUUCAGGAGAAUAUGUCUUUCUUCAGAUACACUCAGACACUGACCUAAACUGAAAAGACAGUCGUGCACUCAACUGAAAAGUGUGAUUGUAAGAAAAAGCAAAAAUUUUUGCUCUGAUAUUGAACUGUUCUUGUUACAUAAUGCCAUUUUGUCAUUAUACGACCCUCUGGGAUUUUUUUCUCCUCUUUUAUACCUUCUGAAGAAAAGCCACAGUAUGAAAAAAGCAUUAACUCUCUCAGAUAUAAGAUUAUACCUGUUCCAGGAUAUGUAUAUUCUAGCAUGUGAAUGUAAUUCAUUUCUUCGUUAUUAUGCGAGGAGAUUCUUAUGAAUGAAGUUUUGUUGACAAAUAUGUGGCAUAAAGAUUUAGUUGGCCUACAAAAAGAUCCAGUGAUAAACCAAACACAAGUCGCUGUUAUUACUUCUUAAACUCUUUUAUUUCAUAUCCCACUGAUCAGUCGUUUCAACGGAAGGUGUUGACGGUGUUUCUGAUUAUUUUGAUUUUGUGUUGCUCUGCCUCACAUUGUCAGGGGGGUUGGGGAAUUGUACACUGCAAUGAAUCCUGCUGCCUGUGCUCUUUUCAUUCAACUGAAAAACAGAUAAUUAAUCCAGUAGACAGUUGGACGCAGAUUUAGGUCAAGUGAACUGACAAAACACAGCGAGUAUGAAAGUGACAUUUCAGUGCGAGCUGUGUUCUGCGUUAUUGUCGCAAACAGAUUCUGGGAACUGCGGUCCACGGACUGCACAAUGCGUUGGAGAAGAGAUCGGAUCUCUUACAGCCGGGCCUGAAGAGCGAAAGGUCCCCGGGACACCACGUGCGAGGUUGCGUUCAUCUAAAGUGACACAGAUGCCAUGGGCAGGGGCAUUCAGCAUCAUUAUCAGACUGUCAGAGGGAGAAGAAAAGAUGGAGCUUUAAUUAGACCUGGCAGAAAGGAAUUGCACGUUGUAUAAAUGAAAUAUUGAAGGAGGGUUUCCGGGUUUAUUGUGGUGGACAGUAUGUCUCUGUGAAGAAUCUGGUGUGUUUGGCAGAUGCAUUCGUGAUGUAUAAACUUUCAUGAUGUAAAUAACGUUGUGCACUUCUCUUAUAUUUAACCGCUGCAAUGUUUUAAUUGAAAAAUUGUUCUGAGUUUUUGCAACUGUUACAUUUUUGCUGAAUGUUUCUUGUAAACUGUAUUGAGAUUUUGCAUUAAAUGUGGAAGUUUUUAAACCGUA